AUGGACUCGCUCCAACAUACCAUCCAAAACUAUCAAACCUUUCUCCAUCUUCUAUUAGUAGACCUCGGCUACUUCACGAAGAUUCACCUUAUGCAGACCGGUCUCCACGUGCUUCACCUUAUUCUCUCCUACAUGGCAAUGCUGAUCGUGAUGACCUACAAUGUCUACAUGUUCUUGGCUAUCGUUCUGGGUGCUAUGUUCGGCUACUUCAUCUUUUUUAGGCGCCGCUUCGUCAUGUUCAACGAGCAGGACUGCUGUCACUGA